GGUGAACCCGGCAAACAAGGAGCUCCUGGUGGCGCUGGAGACCGGGGACCCCCUGGACCUGUCGGACCCCCAGGCCUGUCUGGACCUUCCGGAGAACCUGGCAGAGAGGGCAACCCUGGAUCAGAUGGUCCUCCAGGUAGAGAUGGUUCCGCUGGCAUCAAGGGCGACCGUGGUCAGACAGGCCCAGCUGGUGCUCCCGGUGCCCCUGGCGCCCCAGGCUCCCCCGGACCUGUUGGCCCAACUGGCAAACAAGGAGACAGAGGAGAGUCUGGCGCACAAGGACCUGCUGGACCUCCUGGGCCCGCUGGCGCUAGAGGAAUGGCUGGACCCCAAGGACCCCGUGGAGACAAGGGCGAGGCCGGAGAGACCGGAGAAAGAGGACAGAAGGGACACCGCGGCUUCACUGGCCUGCAGGGUCUUCCCGGACCUCCAGGCACUGCUGGAGACCAAGGUGCUGCUGGUCCUGCUGGCCCAACUGGUGCAAGAGGCCCACCCGGCCCCGUCGGUCCCCAUGGUAAGGACGGUUCUAACGGCCAGCCCGGUCCUAUUGGCCCACCUGGUCCUCGUGGUCGUUCUGGAGAAGUUGGCCCAGCUGGUCCCCCUGGUAACGCCGGACCCCCUGGCCCCCCUGGUCCUCCCGGCCCCGGAAUCGACAUGUCCGCCUUCGCCGGGCUGGCUGCUCCCGAGAAAGCCCCAGAUCCCAUGAGGUACAUGCGGGCUGACGAGGCCUCCAGCUCCCUGAGGCAGCACGACGCCGAGGUCGACGCCACCCUCAAAUCCCUCAACAACCAGAUCGAAAACAUCCGCAGCCCUGAGGGCUCCAAGAAGAACCCGGCCCGCACCUGCAGAGACCUGAAACUGUGCCACCCCGACUGGAAGAGCGGAGACUACUGGAUCGAUCCCAACCAGGGCUGUGCGGUCGAUGCCAUCAAGGUGUUCUGCAACAUGGAGAGCGGGGAGACCUGCGUGUACCCCAACCCAGCCAGCAUCCCCCGCAAGAACUGGUGGACCAGCAAGAGCUCGGACCGCAAGCACGUCUGGUUCGGAGAGACCAUGAAUGGAGGAUUCCAUUUCAGCUAUGGUGAUGACAGCCUGGCCCCCAACACUGCCAGCAUCCAGAUGACGUUCCUGAGACUGCUGUCCACAGAGGCUUCCCAGAACCUCACCUACCACUGCAAGAACAGCAUCGCCUACAUGGACCAGAGCGCCGGCAACCUGAAGAAGGCCGUCCUGCUGCAGGGCUCCAACGACGUGGAGAUCAGAGCCGAAGGGAACAGCCGCUUCACCUACAACGUGCUGGAGGAUGGCUGCACGAAACACACUGACCGAUGGGGCAAGACGGUAAUCGAGUACAAGUCUCAGAAGACGUCCCGCCUGCCCAUUGUGGACAUUGCACCCCUAGAUAUUGGAGGGUCGGACCAGGAAUUCGGCGUCGACAUUGGCCCAGUCUGCUACUUGUAAAAUAACUUAAAAAGAGUCAAGAAAAAAACAAACUCACUCAACUCAA